UCAAAUUAUACUAUGCGAUACAACUUGUGCGAGCACGAAAAACACCCAAAGAAAUACUCCAGCUCGCAAAUGUACGAUGAUGUCCAAGCAGUAGCACAUAAAAGUCAUUCCCAGUUUUAACUCGGCACGGUUUGGCCGUGCUGAGCCCCGACUAUCUAACCUGUUGUCCCCUGUCCUCUCCCUGGCGUACUUGCAAUUGCAAGAGAAAAGAGGUCUCUCCUGCGAAACCGUGCCGGAGCCUUGCGGCAAAUCUCCUCUGCUUGUCCGCUUCCCCUUGUAUAUAAAAACCGCCGCGCUUGGCGGGUGCCGCCGCUUUAACUGCCCACUUCGUCCCGCCAUAAAUGGCCACUUCCGCUCCCGCCCCGUCCUCCUCCCCGCCGCCGCCGGCGCAAGAGGUCCCCGCAGGCGGCGACCGGCGGCAGCCCCACCACCACCACCCGCUCCUCGCCGCCGCGGCCGCGGCGUCCCUCCUCGCCGUGCUCUACCUCCCCCGGCCGCUGCUGCUGUUCGUGCUCUCCCCCGCCUCGCUAUCCUCCCUGCUCCUCCUCCUCUCCCUCCUCCGCCUCGGCUCCGUGCCGCCGCCGCCGCCGCCAUCGGCGGCCACCGCUCCUGUAGACCCUCCUCCUACGUCGUCGCCGCCGCUGCCAGAGGAGGAGGAGGAGGAACAGCAGCAGCAGCAGCAGCUUCACGAGGCCGCGCACCCGCCGCCGCCGCCGGAGCGGGAGCUCGUGUUCCCGGCGGAGGCCCUCGAGUUCGCGUCGUGGGCGGCCAAGGGGCGGGCCCUGGAGGUGAUCCACGAGGAGUUCGAGGCGGAGUGGGGGCGGCCGGAGGAGAUGGGCCUGUCCUGGGCCUCCGACUCCGACCUCGACUCCGACUCAGGCUCGGACAGCGGCGGCAGCGACGACGACGGCGCCGGCGGCGGGGGCGAGGGGGAGGACGGGAUGAUCGAGAUCUUGCUGGAGGAGGACAGCCUCAUCGAGAUCGACAUCUCCAGGUGCCGGUGACGGGAUCGGCUCAUCGACUGUCCCGGACGCGACACACACACGUCUGCCUCCUCCUUUUUACUUGGGGAUUAAUUUCUUCUUAGUUCUUUCAUUCCACGGGCUUUUUAACAAAACUUUUGCUGAUCAGGCGUGUGGCAUUUCCAGUUCUUUGAGUGCGUUUAUCUAGAUGGCUUGCCGCAAUGUACAUAUAGGAUGGUGAGGAGAUAAUGAGUGAGGAGAUACUGAGUGAGAAGCUUUGCUGCUUUCCCUUUUUCUCAAACGGAUUGCUUUGCUUAUUUGAGAAGAUCUUGAUGAUGAUAACUUAUUCAGAUCCCACAGUUCUUCCGGUC